AUGAUCUCUUCGGCCCUUCCCCUCGCCGCGGUCAUUGGCAGCCUGGCUGUGGGAAGCGUCCAUGCUUUGCCGGCCAACGCCAAUGCCCACGCUGCAGCACCAGCCAAAGCCACUCUCGGGAAAAUGCUUUGGAUCGACGGAGUGCCGGUAGAGAGAGCCCCGGCCAAUGAGGUGGUCGGCCGUGGCCUUUUCCAAAGGGCCUCUCCAUGCAGUGCCAGCGAAGAGGUUCUCGUCUGUGCGAAGCGCAUAGCGCAAAAGUUUGUAAACAACGUCUCCGCGGACCAAGAGCUGCCGAGAAAGCAGCUUGUGUGGAGGACCAACCCCAAGUAUCACAGCCGCAUGGGCUGGUCCGACAUGACUCUCGACUACACGCCGGUCUUUGGGUCCUGCAAGUUAUCCGAGCCCGUGGUUGUCAGCCAGGGCGAGCUUUUUGCCUGCAGCGUGCAAGGAGGCUGCUCCCAGACCUUUAUACAAUCCAAGACUACUACCCAGACCGAAAACUACGGCUACAAGGUCGGCACAUCCGUGACCACCUCGGGCACCAUUGGCCUGGUCUCCCUGUCGGUCGGCGUGUCGAGUGAAUGGAACCAGGGCUGGUCCAGCACCAACCAGGUUCAAACGACCAGCCAGAGAACCUACAACCUGGCCAACGGGGAAGUCUGUGCCCCAACAACAGUCCAGAUCCAGAUGGAUUGCAUUGGCGACUUCAAGGACGCCCAGCUCACGUUCCACACCAACAAGGCAAAAGACCCAGUCCAGACGCAAAGCCUGAGGUCGUGGUGUGAUAGCGGCAAGUCAAACCCGCAACAAAUGACCGACUGGCAGAAAUGGACCGGACAAGACUUCAACGUGCUCUGCAACUCUGUCUAUAACUCCAGAGUCCCGCGAAAGAUGUUCCUCGGCUCUGGGGCGUUGGACAACUCUCCUUGGACUGUCCAGGGAUGCUCCAUGGGCAGCUAG